CCGAGUGUUUUUGUUUUGGGUACGAGUUGAGGCCGCAGCGGACGCGGCGGCGGCGGCGGCGCCGGGCGGAGGCCGCGCUCCGCCAGCCCCGCACCCCCCGCCAUGCGCAGGGACAUGAACGGGGUCACCAAGAGCCGCUUUGAGAUGUUCUCAAACAACGAUGAAGCUGCAAUCAACAAAAAACUGCCCAAAGAGCUGCUGCUUCGAAUUUUCUCUUUCCUGGAUGUGGUCACUCUGUGUCGUUGUGCUCAAGUUUCCAGGGCAUGGAAUGUUCUGGCCCUGGAUGGCAGUAACUGGCAGCGAAUUGACCUGUUUGAUUUCCAGAGGGAUAUUGAGGGCCGAGUGGUGGAGAACAUCUCCAAGAGAUGCGGGGGAUUCCUGCGGAAGCUGAGCCUGCGCGGCUGCCUGGGAGUGGGGGACAACGCCUUAAGGACCUUUGCCCAGAACUGCAGGAACAUCGAAGUGUUGAACCUCAAUGGUUGCACCAAGAUCACGGACGCCACCUGCACCAGCCUCAGCAAGUUCUGCUCCAAACUCAGGCACCUGGAUUUGGCUUCCUGCACCUCCAUCACCAACCUGUCCCUGAAAGCACUCAGUGAGGGAUGCCCGCUGCUGGAACAGCUCAUCAUCUCCUGGUGCGACCAAGUGACCAAGGACGGGAUCCAGGCGCUGGUGCGGGGCUGCGGGGGGCUCCGGGCCCUGUCCCUCAAGGGCUGCACCCAGCUGGAGGAUGAGGCCCUCAAGUUCAUCGGUGCCCACUGUCCUGAGCUGGUGACCCUGAACCUGCAGACCUGCCUGCAAAUCACGGACGAUGGGCUCAUCACCAUCUGCAGGGGCUGCCACAAGCUGCAGUCCCUGUGUGCUUCUGGCUGCUCCAACAUCACUGAUGCCAUCCUCAACGCCCUGGGACAGAACUGCCCACGCCUCCGAAUAUUGGAAGUGGCCAGGUGUUCCCAGCUGACCGACGUGGGCUUCACCACCCUGGCCAGGAAUUGCCAUGAGCUUGAAAAAAUGGAUCUGGAAGAGUGUGUCCAGAUUACAGACAGCACACUAAUCCAGCUUUCCAUACACUGUCCACGGCUGCAGGUCCUGAGUUUAUCCCACUGCGAGCUGAUCACGGACGACGGGAUCCGACACCUGGGCAACGGCGCCUGCGCCCACGACCGCCUGGAGGUGAUCGAGCUGGACAACUGCCCCCUGAUCACCGACGCCUCCCUGGAGCACCUCAAGAGCUGCCACAGCCUGGAGAGGAUAGAACUGUACGACUGCCAGCAGAUCACACGGGCCGGGAUCAAGAGACUCAGGACCCACCUGCCCAACAUCAAGGUCCACGCUUACUUCGCCCCGGUGACCCCUCCGCCCUCGGUGGGCGGCAGCCGGCAGCGCUUCUGCAGAUGCUGCAUCAUCCUAUGACAGCGGAGCUCCCCCACGCCGGGCCGGACCCGCGGCGCUCCGGGCACGCCGGAUCCUCGCAGGGACGCUGCCCCAGCCUCGUCUGCCAGCCCCAGUGAGCAGGGCUGGGGUGCCCCCCACACCCCCCGGGACCCCGGCGGGAUGGAGCCGCGGCUGGGUCGGCCUGGUGUCCCGAAGCGUUCCUGCUGGGAAUGCCCCGCGGGGAGGAGGGGAGAGAUCCCAGCCUGGAGGGUCCCUGGUGCUGCUGGCGGGGUGGGAAAAGGAGCAGAGAUCCUUGGGAGAGGGGAGAGAGGAACACGUUUUAACCCUGUUGUGUGGAAGGGAAAAUCCCAACAAACCUGAACGCCCCAACGAGCUCCGUGUGUCAGGGAGGGAAUGGAGCAGCAGCUGCUGAGCCAGGAUGGGCCUGGGAUCCGGGAUUUACCUGGGAUCCGGGAUUUCCCUGGGAUCUGGGAUUUCCCUGGGAUCCGGGAUGUACCUCGGAUCUGGGAUUUCCCUGGGAUCCCAGAUUUCCCUGUCGUCCAGGAUGUACCUGGGAUCUGGGAUUUCCCUGGGAUCUGGGAUGUAACUGGGUUCCUGGAGGUACCUGGGAUCCUGGAUUUCCCUGGGUUCCCAGAUUUCCCUCUGGUCCAGGAUUUCCCUGGGAUCUGGGAUGUACCUGGGAUCCUGAUUUCCCUGGGAUCCCAGAUUUCCCUGGGAUCCCGGAUUUCCCUGUGGUCCAGGAUGUGCCUGGGAUCCUGGAUUUCCCUGGGAUCUGGGAUGUACCUGGGAUCUGGGAUGUACCUGGGAUUCCGGAUUUCCCUGGGAUCCCGGAUUUCCCUCUGGUCCAGGAUUUCCCUGGGAUCUGGGAUGUACCUGGGAUUCUGGAUGUACUUGAGAUCCCGGAUUUCCCCGGGAUCUGGGAUUUCCCUGAGCUCCAGGAUGUCCCUGGGAUCCUGGAUUUCUCUGGCAUCCUGGAUUUUCCCUGGCAUCCCAGAUUUCCCUGUGCUCCAGGAUUCCCCUGUGGUUCCCUGCUCCCACCUGAGCACGCUCACACGGAGUCUCAUCUUCCCUGUGUCCGUGGCAUCCAGCUCAGAGGCUUCCCAGAUUCUUCCCAGAUUGUUGUGAUAGAGCUUGGAAUUCCUAAUGCCACAUAUUUUACCCUCCUCAAAUCCUUUUUUUUUUCCUUUUUUUUUUUUUUUUUUUUUUAGGUUUUUUUCCAAAUUUUUUCCCAAUUCAGUCAUUUCUCAAGACUUCCCAGCCCAAAGCCACAAAUCCGUAAGGAUUUGGUUUUUUCCCCAGGAGAAGCCUGGACCCGUGGUGUGCUGUCAGGAAGAUUUUAAAGGAGCACAGGGGUCUGCACCCCAGGCUGGGUGCGAUCAGGGUGUCCAAAUUUACCCCAAAUCCAGGUUUUAUCCCAAUGACAAGGAUACAAUUCUCCAUACAGGGAAUAACAUACCCAAAUAUAUAAUUCUCAGUACGGGGAGACAGUUUAAAGGACUGGGAGUUCCCUCCUGCUGUCCUUUCCCUCCAUCCUCCCCACGAGGAGAAAAGCAAAGUGAAGCUUCUUGCUCGUUGCCCCGAUGAAGAAUUUGGGAUUCCCAGUCGGAGCAGGGCUGGGGUCCCCCCUCACUCCCCGUGAGGGCCCUUCCCCACCUCCCCACCCUCCUCAGGUAAGUGUGGAGCCCCGGGAUGGGCUCUGCCUGUGCCAGGCCCAGCUCUGGGGGGGAUGGGGGGGUCUGUGGCUGCUUUUUUGGGGGCGUUUCAGGCGAAAUCAGCACAGGGGAGCCCCGACUGACCGAAUUCCAGGAGCUGCUGGGCAGAUCCCGAGGGUUUAAGGGGGUGUCCGCCCUUCCCUCCCUGCUGAGGAAUCUCCUGGUGGGCACAGAGCGGCUGCAGCAGCAGGACUUGGCUGCUUCAGGGGCUGGGCUUGGGGUUUUCCCAUCAGGAAUUCCAAGGACAAUUCGCUGUUCCCAGCAGGAGGGUCCCGGGAGCCCCCCUGGAGCUGCACCCCCUCAUCUCCCCCAGCCCCCCCAGUCUGCUCGGAGCGACUCCAGGCUGCUGUGGUUAAAAGGAUGCUGUCAAUGCCCUCCUGUAGGUGGCUUUUCAUCCCUUCUAUUUAUUCAACUCCUCCCUGGCGCUGUGGAUUCUCCCCCUCUCCUCGGGCGCCUUCGUUUCCAGAACUUUCUCCAGGUUUCGGGGCGGUGGCAGGCUGGACGGGUCACCCGGCAAUCACAGGAUUUGCACAACUCUGGGAAAAUAAAGAGACAAAACACUUUUGUUCGGUUCCCACUGUGGCAGGGGAGAGCAAGAGCGGGGUUUUGGAGCCAGGGCGUGGUUGGCUGGCUGAUCCCUUUGUAACAGAGCAGAGUUUUCCAGGGAAAACUCCGGAACACAGAACCCAAAGCAAUUUUAUUUUCUGUUUGCAGACCAGGGUGACAGCAUUAAGGUAGCUCAAACUUCUUGACAGUGUCCUUUUAAGUCAAUUAUCCGUCUUCAAAUGGACUCUUCCUGAUGUUUAUAUUUAUAAAUACCAAUAAACACCAUUUUCCAA